UAGUCUCCACAUACAAAACAAGAUAAUGCCGUCUCUGACGGAUUUUGCUGGACCAAAUUAAACGGAGAUUUUGUCAGAGAGAUGGUUAAAACUAGGCGUUCUUCACCGUUAGAGGAUCACGACUAUGGGGAGGAGUUCCUGUCUUUGAGUAGCCGAAGGAGUAGGCGACAACCCAGGGCAAAUGAGGAGGUUGAUGUAAGCUCCAGUAGUGAUGUAACUCAAAAAUGCAAACAGGAUGGCACUAAUUUGCGGGCUCGCUCUGUGAAUUCAAACAACAGUAUUGCUCAGUCAAGAAUGCGGAGAAAUAGAUCUCUUCGGAUGGAUGAUACAAAAAUUACCUCUUACAGUCCAGUACGAACCAGAAGGUCUGCUAAGAUGGAAACAGAGCAAGAGCCAUUGACUGAACCAGUCACUAUUGAUAAUAUCCACUUAGCAGAAUUUGAGGAAGAAGAUCAUGAGUUCAUACCACGGCGCAGUAUGCGAGCCAGAAAGCCGUUAUAUACAACCAUGAACACCAAUAUGAUUGUCAACCAUGUGUUAUCUGCACUACAAGAGGAUAAAGCUGCCAAAUCCAUCCAGAAGAAAAGAAAUAACAUUGAUGAAGAGGAAGAAGAGGAGGAUGAACAUCAAGGAUCAGAUGAUGAGGAGGUUGAUAGUACAAGCUUGGACAUGUACUCUCGCAUUAAAAGGCGUCACAUCAAGAGACGAUCUCUUGCUGAAGAGGAGGAAGAAGAUACAGAAGAUGAAGGAUCUGAUCAAGACAGUGAUGAAGAAAGUUCUGAAGAAGAAGAGGAAGAGGACCCACCUACAAGGAACUAUGGCUUGAGACAACAUCGACGAAUUGUACAGAGAUAUGAGGCUCCAUUACAAGAGACUAUUCCUAGAAAGCGGCCUAUUCGUCUAUUUGAUAAAUCACGUUCACCACUACGGCGGCAUUAUCGCAGUCAUUCCAAACCACUUACUCCAAUCAGAGGCCAGCAUUUUAAGAGGAAGCACCAUGCUGCCCACAACAGGUCAUCUACUAGUACAGAUUCUUCUGAUGAUGAAAUGCAUUUUGAAAGGCGUAAGAAAAAGAGUAUGGCUCGGAGUAGAAUGAGAUGUCUUCCAAUGAACAUGGUUCCAGAAGAUGUGACUGGAAUCAUGAAGGAUCGUCAGAAAAUUGGGAGCAGUCUUGCUGAUGUAGAUCCCAUGAACAUUGAUACAACAGUGACUUUUGACUGUGUCGGUGGUCUCAACCAACACAUCCGGAACCUAAAAGAAAUGGUUGUCUUCCCGCUUUUGUAUCCAGAAGUUUUUGAUCAUUUUAAGAUGUCACCACCAAGAGGCGUUCUUUUCCAUGGACCACCAGGGACUGGCAAGACGUUAGUAGCAAGAGCACUUGCCAAUGAGUGUCGUCAAGAAGAUAAGAGAGUUUCUUUCUUCAUGAGGAAGGGAGCAGACUGCUUGAGCAAGUGGGUAGGAGAGUCUGAGAGACAACUCAGACUCCUCUUUGAUCAGGCAUAUAUUAUGCGUCCUUCCAUCAUCUUCUUUGAUGAAAUUGAUGGCUUGGCACCUGUGCGAUCAAGUCGUCAAGAUCAGAUCCAUUCUUCUAUUGUCUCAACACUGCUUGCCCUUAUGGAUGGCCUUGACAGCCGUGGUGAGAUCGUUGUCAUAGGAGCAACCAAUCGAAUUGAUGCUAUUGAUCCAGCACUUCGUCGUCCUGGACGGUUUGAUCGAGAGUUCUCAUUCCCAUUACCUUCGCAAGAGGCUCGACGUAGCAUUUUGUCCAUUCAUACUACAAACUGGAGUCCAAAGUUGUCUGAUGCAUUCAUCUCUGAGGUCGCUGAAAAGUGUGUUGGCUACUGUGGUGCAGAUUUGAAAGCUCUGUGUACUGAAGCUGCUCUGUUUGCACUCCGACGUCAAUAUCCACAAAUCUAUGCUUCCAAAGAGAAACUUCAGUUGGAUGUAACUCAGAUUCAAAUGAGUGCCAAAGACUUCCAUAAAGCUAUGAAGAAAGUUGUACCAGCUGCUCAACGUUCAGUGGUGUCACCAGGCAGGGCAUUGUCUGUCAUCAUCCAGCCAUUGUUGCAGAAUCAGUUAAAUGCUGUGUUGGAGCAAUUACACCGUGUCAUGCCUGCUGCAGUCACCUCAAGUGACAAGGCUACUACAUCUGGUGACAUAAGCUCCUCCUCAGCUGCAUCAAAGAUGGUGCUGGACGUGACUGAUGAAUAUGAUGACUACAGUGAGGAGGAGGGUCCUUGCAUCUUUGACAAGUCUUCAACACAGAGCGAUGGAAAGAGAAAGAAAAGUGUUUGUGACAGAGAACAGUCAAGUUAUUCAUUCAUGGACUUCUCAAGUGCUGCGUAUGAGAGGCCUUCAACCCACAGACCUCGUCUUCUUCUAAGUGGUGCCGAAGGUCAAGGUCAAAGUUCGUAUCUUGGACCAGCUGUUCUACAUCAUCUGGAGAAGAUGCCUGUUUACCGAUUAGAUCUUCCUGCUUUGUAUUCAGUCAGUGUGAACACACCAGAGGAGUGCUGUGCUCAGAUUUUCCGUGAAGCUGGACGUAGUAGUCCCAGUGUUAUCUACAUGCCUAAUAUCAGUCGUUGGUGGGAAACAAUUACAGACACAACAAGGGCAACAUUUCUAAGUCUUCUACUGGAUCUUCCACCUAAUGCACCGGUAUUGAUUUUAGCUACAAGUGAGAAGGCCUUGCAUGAAGUACCACUAGAGGUACGAGAACUAUUUAGUGAUUAUAGAGGGGAAGUCUACCGAGUGAGACUCCCAUCUCCUGAGGAAAGACAUGCCUUCUUUGAGGAUCUCAUCCUUCAUCAAACUUGUAAGCCACCACCCAGGAAGAGAAGAGCAGUAGCUGGUAGCUUGGAAGUACUACCUGUUGUGGCACCCCCAGAGCCACGCAGACUUCAAGAAGAAGAGCUGAAGAAACUUGAAGAGCGUGAAGAGUCAACACUAAGAGAACUGAGGUUAUUCCUCCGAGAUGUGCUGACACGCCUUGCAAAUGAGAAGAAGUUUCGACAUUUCUUGAGACCAGUUGAUCUUGAAGAGGUACCAGACUACUUAACUGUAAUUAAGAAUCCGAUGGACCUGUCAACCAUGAUGAAUAAGAUUAACAUGCAUCACUACAACAGCGGACGGGACAUGAUGGAUGACAUUGAUCUGAUUUGCCAGAAUGCAUUGGAGUAUAAUCCUGACAGAGAUCCUGGUGAUCGUGCCAUCCGUAAUUAUGCCUGUGAGUUGAAGGAUACAGCAUAUGCCAUUAUUGAAGCAGAGAUGGACAAGGAUUUUGAGAAGGAGUGUCUUGAUAUCAAGGAAUCGAGGAUGAAUCGAGGUCAAAGCCCUGCCAAAACAGCACCUCUUUAUUACCGAGUUCUUCCUCCAAGCAUGCUGCCAGCCAGUCAAGAGCCUCCUAAACUCAAGCCAGUCCGAGAGCAGCCUGCCAAUCUUAAGAGGAAGAAUGACACACCUCCAAAGAUUAAUCCUGUCAGUGGUUUGACUGAUCCGUUCUCCCAGUCCAAGUCUGUAAAGAGGAAAAAGCAGACACGUUUAAGAUCAAGAUGGAACAGAGGAUUCAUAACGUCAGCAAGAAAAAAGAAGAAGGUGACAAGCACAACAGAGGGCUCAACUAAAUUAGAUCCAGAUGGGACAGAAGAAGUAGAAAAUAAGGAAGAGGACAGUGUAACUGAAAAUGCGUCUAGCAUAGAAGUUGAAGCUGAUAGUAAUCUUGAACCAGUUAGUCCAAGCCAUGAUGAAAGGGAUGACAGAAGUAACUUUCAUCAAACAGAUGCCCCACCUUCAUGUUUACAAGAAAAUGGACCAGUUGAGAAUGGGAUUGAAUCGAACGGUAUGCCUGAUGAGCUUGAAGCUAGUCGGCAUUCCCAAAUGACUAAUGAUAGACCCUGCAGUGAAAAUGAUAGCAUAAAGAGUGGUGAGGUGCACCGAGAUGCCAGACCAAUCCGCUCUAGACUGCGCUCAAGUGCUAGUUCUCAUUCUGAUAACAAUCCUACUUCACCCAAGUCUACCUCCUUAAUACAUUCAACGAAUGGAACUGAACACUCUACUCAUGCUGCAUCUAAGGCACCUGAUGUUAGUAAUGGAACAGAUCAAUUUGAACAAAGCAGAGGGACUUCAAGAUCAGAAAUGGCAAGUGUAGACCAAAAUACCUCAGGAGCUAUCCAGAGACAGACAAGAAAUCACCCACCAUCUGCAGAGAUGGAAGGUAAAAAUGUAACAAGAUCUCAUCCUGAUGAUACAAGGAUGGGGUCUUUUGACAGAGAGGAAACGGUAGCAGUUGAAGCGGGAGGCUCACCAAGUCCAAGAAGAAUGACUCGUAGGAUGUGGGCAGAUAUGACCGCACCAAAGAUUGUAGGAAAACCUGAGGAAACCACACCAGUACUGGUGGCAGAUCACAAAAGGUUAAAGGCCCUUCUAUCCACUGUGGUACAAAGAACUAGUGGUAGUAAUGUUGAAACUUUGGAGAGACUUCACUGCAGUCUGAGUCAGUUCAUCUACACACAUCGUAUGGAGUAUGACAAAACUCAGUUGAUUACAGAUAUGGAAAGUGAAGUGCUGUGCUUUGUGAGGAUGUAAAAUACAAAAUAGGGAAGGACAGUGGAAGACUUUGAAUUCUGUGGAUAGUCACAUUUGACUUGGAACGUAUAGAAAUUAUCAUCGUAUUUGGAGUGUUCUUAAAGUAUCCCUAAAAAUGAGUAUUGAAAUACUUGGGAUGAUUUGGAGCUAUACAGUUGACGUGACCCUACCUCAUUACAUCAACAAACUUGCUGGCAAAACGGUACAUCUCAGGGAAACAUCUUACAUUCUCUGCUAGAUUUUUAUUCAACAGAGUUUGUAGGAGAUCUGUCAAUGUUACAUUUUCCCAAACUACUUUUGAGUUGGUGUGUUUUUGGAAUAGAUUACACCAAUUUGUUAACGCUGACUAGAUGAAACAGUUUAGAGAAAAAAUGUUGGGAGCAUAUUGAGCAUCAUAGACACAGUAAACUGUCCAUAAUCUGAAUUGGACCUCAUAAUAGUGUUAAUGUCAAACAAUGGGUACAGUUUUUACUUAUAGGUGAGUCUACAUGUAUAUAUGUUCACAAGACACGUCAGAAGUAAGAGUGUGAAUUGUUGUCUUUUGUUCAUUUGAACAGCCUGCAACUUGACUCGAUUACAGUACUGCAUUAGGCAUACAUGUCAUUUGGUUGACAAAUUUCACUCUCAGGCUUUGCUUAGUGUAGUUAGAUCAGUUUUCAAUUCUUGAAUAAUGCAUUUUUUCCAGAGACCUGCUGUUUGACUUGACAUUUUCUCAGUGUUUUGUGUAGAAAAAAAAAAAGAUUUCUAUUAAACCAUGUUGGGAAACUAAGCGCUAAGUGAUUAUUGAAGGAAUUGUCUGAAUGUGGAUUUGAACUUGCAACCUUCAGAAUACCUUACCAGUGGUCAACCAACUGAGCCGUCCAGCCCUGUGUUGGUGGCCCUUCCCAGUUAUCAGUCACUUUGUUUAGAGGGGGACUUGCCAGAUGCAACAAAACCUGUGAUAGCAACUGAAUUUCAUAUUUUGCCAUUGAAUGAUUUUUUUCUAGCUUGAUAUUAAAUAUGUGAGUUGCUGCUUUUCAAGUCCUUCAGAAGUUCAAGUACACUGUACAUGUAGGUGGGAAAUGAGAGAAUGGAAUCUGAUCUGUGAGAUUAACAUCAGUGUUACAGAGGAGUUGGAUGUGGCAUGAAGUGAGGUUAUCUUAGGCAAGAAGAACCACAGAAUAUUUGGGAAAUCGUUUAGAGCAUGUAUGGUUAAUAUGCAUUUACAUUCCAGAGAUAAACUGAGUAAGUUAAAUUGACAGUACCUCAAAGGAGAGUUAAUGUUGGGCUUGAAUGCUGCCUUACAAUGAGGUAGAGUGAAUUACCUUUGUAAAGUCUUUGCAAUGUGUACAUGCUGCAGAUGAUUGUGUUGAUAGUGUGUGAUAGUAAUGGAAUAUGUUUAAUGGAUCCUCAUUUGACAUUUGAGAGUCAUGGGAUGGGAUUAACUGGAUGAAACAGUAAACAUUGAGUAUUACCUUGCAGAAGUGAGAAGAGUAAACCCUUUACUGUCGGGAUCACCAAGCUCAUGGAUAAGUAACUUUCUCUGAAACACUUCCAAAUUUUUGAGUGUUCAUUCCAUAAAACCAGAUUUUGAAAACAAUUUACAAAUUUACCAUAUUCCCCCUUCCUUGAAAUGUAUACUGAAGCAGAAAAUCACACCGGUUUCAAAAGUUCAGUUUUAAACUUCUAUUAGUUUUUCAGUAUGCAGUAUCUAUGGUACAAAUGCAUCAGCUAGCUUAGGCAGGAAUCUUAAGUAUUACUAGAAAUGCAUUAACCGUUGAUGACUUGUGACCGCUUUGAAACUAAACUCUUUUGUGUCCACAUUCUUACAUGUGGGUUCCUUGUUACGUUUAAAAUAUGCAAAGGCUUGAAUUAUUUGCUUUAGUUUGCAGUAUGUUGAACAUAAGUUUUGUCGUGCUGCAAAUAUCUCUAAGCUACUGAAAAGGGCAUACAGGAUAAAUUCUGUAGCAGUACAUGUGUUUGGUGUAACCGGUAAUCUAAUUAGUUAGAUAAUCUGAUAAUCCGAUAAUCUAACUGAUAAUCUAACUGUUCCUACUGAUCCUACUGAUUACUAGUCCUGUUGAUCUUGCUGUUCUUGUGACAUCAACCAGGGCAGCCCAAGAUCCUAAUAUAUAUAUAUAUUUGGGGGGGGGCGGUAGGGGAUUUGCAUGAAAUAAAAAUCUUUAAAGUGACAGCAACAUUGUAAAUGUAAUUUCGUUGGAGAUUUAACAGGGUAAUGUCAAAUUGGAAAUAUUAAUCAUUUAUUCUUUGUUGGUAUUAAUACUUGAAGCCGAAGUGACUUUUAUGAAGAUCAAAGACUUACAAAAUCAAAUAAUUGCUGGAAGAUGAUGGGUCACUUUCUGUUAUUUUGAAGUCAGCAUUGAUUGUUGUGCUUUACAUGUCAUGACCUUGAAAUCUUGUCAUGUUAAUUUGUUUUCAUAUUUGUAAAUAUGAAUUGCAUCAGACGAGAAGUUGUUUGAAGUGAGUACUUCCUAUUUAAACUCCAAGGUUUAAUUUUCAAAAAAGUAAGGAUGAAACUGUUUGGAAUAUGGCCCUUACGGAAUUCAUUUUUCAGAAACAUUCUACUUGAUGAGAUAUUAUGAGUUAAUAUAUUGGUAAUUUAUGAGAAUGAAUUAGAUUCUAUCUUGUAAGACUAAUACAAAAGAUGUUAAUACUUUGGUGCUUCUGAGUUGGAUCUCUUAAUCUGAAAAUGAAAGAUUUGAAGUAAUCUUUAGUUACCUGAGAUUUGCUCUUUUCCAUGAACAAAACUGAUUCCAGAAAGCAGUUGUAGUGAGAAAGCCUCCAGGUUCAACGUUUUACAAAUUUCCUGCAGUGAAUGAUCUUAUUCUGUAAUUUACAAGAAGACAUACACUUAGGAAGCCGAUAAAUGUACACACACUUGUUGUACCCAGAUUUUCAUCUUAAAUUGUUGACGUCCAGAAAUUGAAGAACUGCCAAUUCAUUGUACAACAGAAAUACAUUUGAGUAUGUGGGUGAAAAUUUGUCACAGAAAACACUCUUAGGAAAUGGGACACAAAAAGAUAAGCCAUAAGAAGUAAUUCAUUGAAAGAAGACGCUAAGUAUCCUGCCACAUACCUUGCUGUAUGAGCAUGAUGCAGAUAAAAACUUGGUAAUUAUAAUGUCAAGAAUUCAGUGGAUUACAAAUAACAUGAGGUGCUUGUAAGAUAAAUUUUCAUUUUUGCAAUGUUUCUAACUUGUAAAUUUUGUAGGGCAGUGAUUUUGUGUUUUGAUAUAACUUGUAAUUUGCAGUACAUGUGCGCUGUCAGUGCAAGGUUAUGUUGUCCAUUUGAUGUAAAAUUUGUGCGUUUUUGUUCUGCAGACAGGCUGCAUAUAUAUGUAGGUCAUUUGGUAUUUUACAGAUGCCUGUAGAAACAUGUUAUCCAUCACAUGACUGCAAUAUGGUAAUGAUCUCAUGGAAGGUCAUUUCCACAAUUUGAAUUUUAUUAUUGUGUGUUGGAGAGGCCAGGAUUAAUCAUUAAAUUUUGUAUUUUUCUGUAACGACGUUUGACUUGUAGGAGAAACUAUGUUGUGAGUUAAUAUUGAUAAUGAAACUCGCUAGGUAAAGUUAUAUUUAAGUUAUUAAGGGAAAUUUGCGUCACAUCUUGAAGGUCAUAAAUGUGACCUUUUCAGUGUGCAUUGGUCACUGUACCUUGUAUGAUGCAGCUACAUCUACACCGAACAUGUGUCUUGAAAUCUGAAGAUGGAUUACAGUGUAAGUUGCAAUGAAAACAUGGGUAGGUUUCCGAGUUCAGAAAGUUCAGGUAUGUUUUAGGCCAACAUGUACAUGUAUUUCAAAAACUCUUCGUGAAUGUCUAUGCAACAUCGCAUUCAUAGAAGUGUAUCCAUUGCUUCAAUAAAUGGCUUUCAAAUAGUGAAUUACAGAACCUUUGUACAUCACAUGUACAUCAAAAACUUUUCUCUGUGAAUGUUUUAUGUACAUAAAGGUGUGUAAGUUGUCUUUUCACCAUUUGUGAAUUAGAUGUGUUAUACGUAAUGACUCCAGUGUUGUAUUGAGUCCAUCGCGAGUCACUCAGUCUUUAACCAAUUGACAAGCUAUUCAAAUGAACUGUAACAAAAGCAUUUGUUUGUCAUUGUUCACCCAGUUACGAGAAACUUGUGAAUGAAGUGACUUGUAAAAGGACUUGUAAUGGACUCAAAUGCAUCACUGCUUUAGAAUGCUUGUUAAUGAAAUGUUUUCACCCUGGUGUAAACAGCGUUUGUAAUUUGUUUUUCUAUCUUUGUACUGAACUUUUGUAUUUACUUAAUUUGAAUUAUUAUUGGAAUACAUUAAAGUCAAUCUGACAUUUCAAAAGUUU